AUGGUUACGAUUGCCAUUCUCCGACCGGCGCGCGCUGUGAGGCUCUCGCAGUGGAAUGCGCCCUCCUCCUUCAAGGCCGCCGGCGGUGCCGCCUUCACCUCGCGCCGUUCCCUCUCCUCCUACCUCGUCACUCCCAAGGAGCUGAACGAGGCCCUCAAGAAGAACCCGCCCUCCAAGAUCAGUCCCGAGCCGCGCACCAUCCCGCUGUGCGCCUCCUGGUUCCUCCCCAACGAUGGUCGCACCGGCAUCGAGGUGUUCCGCCAGCAGCGGAUUCCCAAGGCCCGUUUCUUCGACCUCGACAAGGUCAUCGACCGCCACAGCGAGUACCCGCACAUGCUGCCCUCGGCCAAGGACUUCGCCGCGGCCAUGAGCGAGCUGGGUAUUCGCAAGGAGGACACGGUCGUCGUCUACGACACCAAGGAGCUGGGCAUCUUCAGCGCCCCGCGCGUCGGCUGGACCCUCAAGAUCUUUGGCCAUCCCAAGGUCCACGUCCUCAACAACUUCAAGCUCUGGGUCGAAGAGGGACUGCCCACCGAGUCGGGCGAGCUCUACAACGUCGAGUGCUAUACCUACCCGAUCCCCAAGGUGGACGAAUCCAAGGUCGUCGACUUUGAGGAGGUGCGCGAGAUCGCGCUGGACCACAACAAGGAGGGCGCCGAGGGUGUGCAGAUUAUCGACGCCCGCUCGCCCGGCCGCUUCACCGGCAAGGACCCGGAGCCGAGACCCGGUCUGUCCUCCGGCCACAUGCCGGGAUCCAUUAACAUCCCCUUUAAUGCAGUCCUGGACCCCGAGACCAAGGCCUUCUACCCGGCCGAGAAGCUGAGGCAGAUCUUCCAGGAAAAGGGCGUCGACCCCGAGAAGCCCAUCAUCUCGAGUUGCGGAACCGGCGUCACCGCCUGUGUUAUCGAGACGGCUCUCGAGGAGGCCGGAUGGGGCUCGCCCGAAAAGCGCAGAGUCUACGAUGGAAGCUGGACCGAGUGGGCACAGCGGGUCAAGCCCUCGGACUCGCUGAUCAGAAAGGACGAGUAG